CAUGGCUUUCAUGUCCACGGCAGCCGCACGCACCCGAACCCGCGUCGCCACCGCCGAUCACGAAGACGAGGAGGAAAUAAGGCAUGCCAAGAAGUCACAACACAGCCACAGCAGCAGCUGCACGACCUCUCCGCUCGACGCCGUGCCGGAAAUCAAGAGCUGCAGCCGGUAUCCGGCUCGCCGCCGCGUGCAGGCCCCGGCGCCGCUCGUCGUCUCCGAUCGCACGCUACGAGAGGCCGCCACGCUCGCGUACAUCAUCCGGGCGGCCCGCCAUGAUAAAAAUGAUACUAAUACUGAUAAGAAUAAUACUCAUAAGCUGCUCGUCUCCUCGGAGCGCCCGCACGUACGCCUCCGCGCCGACGCCCUGCGUCCACUCGCCGUGCCGCUUUCCCGCGACGGCCCGGAGCGCAAGAUCUCCGGGCCGGUCAUGGACGCGUCCGUCGAGCUCCUGCGCCGCCGCCUGCUGCAGGCCGCAGGAAACGAGCAGGGUACCAUCCUCAGGAACGGACGCCGCGUCCUCCUGCUGGGCGUCGAGGAGCAGGACUGGCUGCAGUACCUGGGCAGCAGCUCCCUACGCCCAUCGCCAACAACGCCGCCCGACCACCAGAACAUGACCUCGACGGCGAGGCAUUAUCUCGAGCACGACGUGGUCUUCUUCCUGGUGAACCACGAGGAGCACUUCUUCGUGGCGGCCCUCGACGUGGGCAAGGGUGAGUACCGGGUGCUGGACGCGGGGAACUACGCGGCGCGCGGCGACGACGACGCGCGGGCGUACUACGACCGGGCGCUGGCCAGGAUCCGCGACGGCGUGGCGCGGUGCAUGGAGGCGGCGGGGCGGCCGGCGCCAUGCCAGGACGGCGGGUGGGGGAUGGUGCGUGUGGAGGAGGGCCUGCCGGAGCAGACGGACGAGUCGUCGUGCGGGCUGUUCGCGCUGAAAUGGAUGGAGCUGUGGGACGGGGAGAAGCUGGAGCGCGGGUUUGAUAUGGACGAGGUGCACGCGCUCCGGGCGAGCUUGGCCGAGGAGCUCGUCUUCUCCGAGAUGAAUGAGAUGCGUGGCGUCAAAGAGGAGAUCGAGUGGAUGAUGAUGUAGACAGUACUGGAUGUAGAUGCAAUUGUAGCGAUUAUGUCGAUAGAUGCGUAUCACGCACUAACACGCCUGGGCAGGAUUCCAUAUUUACAGAGAAGAGAGCUCAGAGAUUGUAACUUCGUAUGUGGUAUAUUGUCUCAAUUGAAAAUUAAGAAAAUUCCGAGAUAAACAGAGUAUUCUUUUUCA